CCGUACUUCAAACGGCGCUGAAAAUUUGGAGUUGGCAAGGACUUUCAAGGUAUUGUUAAAAUAGAAAUUGCAAAGUAGUAAAUAACAUUCGUGAUGGCUGCUCGAUCCGUCGUUAGAUAUUUACGUCCGAAAAAUGUUGUACCUCAAAUUCACCGAUGUGCUUCAUUAUCUGCAUUCGAAAUACAACACAAAACUCCAACUAUUAAGAAAGUAAUGCCCAUACCAAAAGCACAUUACGGUGGACGACACACAGUUACUCUUUUACCUGGUGCUGGUAUUGGUCCAGAAUUGAUGACCUAUGUGAAAGAGGUUUUCAGUUAUGCAGGUGUACCAGUAGAUUUUGAAGAUGUAGAUAUUGAUCCUAAUGCAGAUGAUAAUGUUGAUUUAGACUUUGCUAUUACAUCAAUUCGUAGAAAUGGUGUUGCAUUAAAGGGAAAUAUUGAAACACGUAGUACAGAAGCUGGUGUAAUUUCUCGAAAUGUUGCACUUCGAAAUGAGCUGGAUCUUUAUGUAAACGUUUUACACUGUGUGUCAUAUCCAGGAGUGAAUUCUCGCCAUAAGAACAUUGAUAUUGUCAUUGUCAGACAAAAUACAGAGGGUGAAUAUGCCAUGCUCGAGCAUGAAAGCGUAUCAGGUGUUGUAGAAAGUAUGAAAAUCAUUACGAAAAGCAAUUCUGAACGUCUUGCAAGAUAUGCAUUUGAAUAUGCUAAACGAAAUGGAAGAAAAAAAGUCACCACGGUUCACAAAGCAAAUAUAAUGAAACUCUCAGAUGGGUUAUUUUUAGAAACAUCGAAAAAUGUUGCGAAAGAAUAUCCUGAUAUUACCCACAAUAAUAUGAUUAUUGAUAAUACUUGUAUGCAACUGGUUUCCAAUCCGCAUCAAUUUGACAUUAUAUUAACAACCAAUCUUUAUGGAUCAAUUGUAUCAAAUGUGGUCUGUGGUUUAUUAGGUGGUGCUGGCUUAUUAGCUGGAAAAAAUUUUGGAGAUCACUACACAAUAUUUGAGCCUGGUACUCGCAACACUGGUACAGCUAUUGCUGGAAAGAAUAUUGCUAAUCCUAUUGCAAUGUUGAAUGCAGCUGUUGAUAUGUUACGUCAUCUUGGACAUAAGCAUCAUGCUACGUUAAUUCAGAACGCAAUUAAUAAAACUAUUAACCAAGGUGUUCACACUCGCGAUCUUGGUGGACAAGCUACAAGCAGAGAAGUUGUUGACACAAUUAUGAAACAUAUUAAAACAGCAACUAAUUAAGACUGGCUAAACAUAUUUUGUUAGGUAAUAUCUGUAGAGAUAUACGUAUAUAAUACUAAAUUUUGCUUUUUAGCAAGAAUAUUCGGUUGUUUGUUGGUAAAAAGUAUUACUUUAUCACUGUGAUUAACCGCAGUCAUUAUACACUUUAAUUUAAAAAAAUUCUUAAAAGUAUGUAAAUUGCACAAAACUAUGCAAACUAAUUUUUAAGUAAACGACAAAUUCAACUCGUGUAAUAUAUUAAUAUUUUAUCUGAUAUGACAAUAUCGCAAAAUGAAAUAUUAAGAUUUAAACUUUGUAAAAUAUACAUUGUAAGUAUUAGUAUUGAUAUAUACAGUUGUUCAAAUAUUGUAAUUAUCCUCAUAGGAUACAUUUGAGAUGUAAACCACUCUUUUUUUAAAUUUACAUCUUAUUAAACGGUAUUAUCUUGUAAUUGAAUAUAUGUUUAUACACAUUUAUUAGAUGUCAAUUAGUAGGAAUCCAUUAAACUAAUAAUUCAAUUUACGUUAAAUAAAAUCAACGCACUUUAUCUA